AGUGUGUAAUCUGAUUAAAUGUUACAUGUAUGGUUGAGAUUGCACUAAGAUGUUGCAUCAGGGUUGACAUAAGCCACCACAACCACAACAAGAGAUUGUAGAUCUGAUCGAGUUUGAGAAACAAUAAAGCUGCAACAUUUAGCCUUUCUCUUUUCUCUCUUGCCUCUUUUCUUCUGUGCACCUAUGAUCAUCAUUAUGCGAUUGUAGUUGAAUCAGAGCAAUUAGGGGAUUAGUGGGCUGUCUUGUUAAAAGAAAAGGAGAUUAGUGGACUGAUAUUUAACAAGAUAUCCAACAUAGAGAAAAAGGAAGAUAGCAGCAGCUGGGUGUAUGGUGGUUCUCAUCUUGUUCCUUGUGUUCAAGAAUUAGCUAAAAAUCCCAUAACCACCAUCCCACCGAGAUACCUACAGCAAGAUUACAAUGAUGAUGAUGCUCAAGACCAACUGAACAAGAUCAAUACCAAUGAGAUGCGCAGUUCUGUACAACCUGAAAUACCAUUCAUUGACUUCAAGAAACUGCUCUCCCAGCAAGAAUCAAACAAUUUUGAUGAACUAUCUAGGCUCCACUUAGCCGGCAAAGAGUGGGGUUUCUUCCAGCUGGUAAACCAUGGUGUGAGCUCUUCUUUGAUGGAGAAAAUGAAGACAGAAAUUCAAGACUUCUUCAACCUCCCGAUAGAGGAGAAGAAAAGGUUUUGGCAGCAUCCAGGAGACGUGGAGGGUUUUGGACAGGCCUUUGUCGUUUCUGAAGAGCAAAAACUUGAUUGGGCUGACAUUUUCUUCCUCACCACCCUUCCUGUCCAGAUGAGGAAGCCUCACUUAUUCCCGGAGCUCCCUACUCCUUUCAAAGACACCUUGGAGAUUUACUCAAUGGAAUUGGAAAACCUAGCCAUGGCUACAACCCAAAUGGAAAAUGCUUUAAAAAUUGAAGCCAAGGAAUUGACCAAGUCGUUUGUAGGUGGAAUGCAAUCCAUGAGGAUGAACUAUUAUCCUCCAUGUCCACAACCGGAGAAAGUCACCGACCUUACUCCUCAUUCGGACGCCGUAGGUUUAACCAUCCUCCUGCAAGUCAAUGAAUUAUUGGAAGUUCUCCAAGUCAAGAAGGAUGGGAUUUGGUUUCCUGUUAAGCCACUUCCAGAUGCCUUCAUUGUCAACGUUGGAGACAUUUUAGAGAUUCAAACAAAUGGAACUUAUCGUAGCAUUGAGCAUCGAGCAAUUGUCAACUCUAAAAAAGAAAGACUGUCAAUCGCGACAUUUUACAGCCCGAGACUUGAUGGCGAAAUUUGUCCAGCACCUAGCUUGAUCACUGAAGAAACACAUGCUGCAUAUACAAGCAUCGGAGUGCAAGAUUUCUUCACAGCCUUAUUUGUACGUAAGCUUCAAGGAAAAUCCUUUCUUGAUGAUCUUAGAUUAUAAAUUAAGUUCAUCAAGAUCUCAAUAAUAAGUUAAGAAUAUCAGGAAGAA